AUGUUUCGAAUUCGAUUGUUAUGGUUCACCUUUGGAUUCACAUCAACAUACGCUGUGCUUUCCCAAUACGUUUUGAAGGACUUGUUGGUUAAGCGUAACGCGCUUGCCUCUCGCAUGGAACACGAGUUUCGCGUUCUCGAAACCAGAAUCUCCCACCUCGAAUCCUCUUCAACAGAACCAUCAUCUAUUCCCGCUCCCGUUUCCGAUCAGCACAGUAAUGGAUUGGCUUGCACUUGUGACUAG